UGGGGGGGGUUUGUUUGCCACUUCAAGUGUCAGGUAUCCUAAGUGAGAACGAUCCACACGACUUGCAACUAAAUAAUAAACUGCAUCCAAAGUGUCCAAAAUGAAAGUCGAGUAAAAACUACUCGGAAUAGUCGCUUAUUCCUUUAGCAUCAGAUGCUAUGAGCUGUUUUCCCAGCUUUUAUUUUUACAUCUUAUUUUCUAUUUUCCACACACUUUCCUCACAUCGUCUUCCCUACCUUAUGUUUUGCAUCCGGAUGGAAAGCAUUACCAUCUUUUGCCUUCCAUUUCCCUCUGGUAGAUAAUAUUUUUUCCUGUUAUUGCCGUGUCUUCACAUCCCCCUUUUGGCUUUUUUUUCCCUUCCCUUCCCUCUGGCAGAUAGUAUCGACAGUGACCUCGAGCUCUCCAUGGUACGUCAUCAACCCGAGGGUCUUGAGCAGCUCCAGGCGCAGACCCAGUUCACCAGGAAGGAGCUUCAGUCCCUUUACAGGGGCUUCAAAAAUGAAUGUCCCAGUGGGCUUGUGGAUGAAGAAACAUUCAAGACCAUUUACUCACAGUUCUUUCCUCAAGGAGAUGCCACCAUGUACGCACAUUUCUUGUUCAACGCCUUCGACAUGGACAGAAGCGGCGCCAUCCGAUUCGAGGACUUUGUGCUGGGCUUGUCCGUGCUGCUUCGAGGUUCGGUGACGGAGAAGCUGCGCUGGGCCUUCAAUCUCUAUGAUAUCAACAAGGACGGCUACAUCACUAAGGAGGACAUGUUGGCAAUCAUGACAUCCAUUUAUGACAUGAUGGGCAGGUACACCUUACCGAGUGUACGAGAAGAUUCCCCAUAUGAGCAUGUGGAGAAAUUCUUCCAGAAAAUGGAUCGGAACCGUGAUGGAGUGGUGACCAUGGAUGAAUUCAUAGACACCUGCCAGAAGGAUGAGAGUAUCAUGUCUUCCAUGCAACUCUUUGAAAACGUCAUCUAGCUUCAGGAGGAACUGGAAACGUCUUAGCGAUCACCGUAGGUCCCCACCCCCCUCAUAUAUUGGCCGUAGUAGCUGCAGAGAAUACUAGGUGCCAAUUAGAAGUCAGGUGUUUUUAGGGCAGAAGAACUUUACUUUUAUUUUCAAUUUUAUCUUUGACAACUAAAUGACACUUCUAAUUCAUGACAUCACAUAUGUCUGUAUGUGCCCUAUGAUUGACUGGCAACCAGUCCGAGGUGUUAAUCUAGCAGCGUAAGAAUAUGUGGUCAAGCCGAACAAGAAGGCACACUCAGUGAUUACCUUACUUAUGUUCAUUUGUUUGUUUUGUAUGUAUGGCUUACAAAUUAUUUCCUGUAAUUGUGACUUCACUACUGCAUGAGGGUAGUUUAGUGAGUCGGUAAAUACAAAUUCAGGUUACAUCACCAUUGUAGGAACAGAAUCCCAUCGUAAACCCAGGUCACCAUGUACUGAUUAGUUGGAGAGGAGUUUUUGCCCUGUUGGGUUUUUUUUUCUUCGUCACAUUGCCGUCUGGUGCCAUCUACCUCUUGCAUUUAAUAUGGAUGUAAUCAAAGUUUUUUUUUUUGUCUCUUUGUUUUCGCACUGAUUUGUUGUUUUGCAUCUCAAGCUGCAUAAAUAAAUGUGUGUAGACUUAUUUGAGAUCAAAUCACUCUCUUCCCUAGUGCACAACACAGAAUCGUAUGUUCAUUUUUACAAUCAAGUAAUUAGAGCUAAAAAUGAAUACAACUGAUCUUUAUGCAGUCUUUGUUGUGACAAAGGGGCUUCACAUGAUGACAUGAACAAGUGUGUGUCUGUCGCCAGUUUCCCCUCAGAGGCAAGAUGAUAGAUAUUAAGGAACACUGCCAAUAAAAGGGGUGGGGGGGGGCACAGACUAGUGUUUUAUUGAACAGAAAUGUCUGUUAACAAUCAACUCUGUUGUUUUACAUCCUGUAUGCAGCAAAACAUGCCGUGCAAACGCAGCUCUGAUUCAUGAAGUCAUGGUUGUCUGCUGUGUUCUGUAAGAUGAAUCAUAGGCCCUGAAGCCACUCAAGACUUCCUUGUGAUUAUGAAGAGAGAAUAUCAAACAACCAGCAAGUGGUCUUUUUUCAGUGGGUGGAUAUGGAGUAGGAAAGCUAGCUAGCUAAUUUAAUGAGCAACACUUACAUAAUUUUAUACAAAGUUUUCCAUUUUAAUCAGCGUGCAUGUUUUUUUUUUUUCCGAGUUUCCUUGGGAAAGGUUUUGUCCUUGAACAACUUAACGAAGACCACAUUUUACAGUCUGCUCUUGGGAAAUAUAUAGGAAAUUGUGGAACAUGGGGCACGGUUCAAAGAUGUUUAUGGUAUAUAGUACAUUGCUUUGUCAAGUGAAAAGGAAUGUUUUCUAAGUCACACAACAGAAGUGCCAAAUUCACUUUACAGGGUCUUUUUAAUCCUAAUCGUCAUGUGUAAUUAUCAG